CGAAGACAUUUUUAAAUGUGUAUUUCAUAGUUACCCUGUGAAAGCAGACCUUUUGGUUCGGCAACUUUACGGCGUGCUUUUCAUUCAAACGGUCUUUCGGUUGAAGAAUUCUGCAUUUACAUUAGAAACGAUGGACGCACCACCAGAGGGAAAUAUCGAUGCUGAGUCUUGCAAUGAAAUCGAUGAUGAUAAAUCGAAUUCCGACUGCCAAUCAAUGCCGGCUUACAUGAAUUCGGUGCUACGGCGACAGUUUUUGCAACAAAUGGUGAAGUCAUUGCCAGCCGCCGUUCAAAACAGGAUCGUUGUAUUGAAGAAUUUGCAAUUGGAGCAAUUGAAUUUGGAAGCAGAGUUCUUUGAAGAGGUUUACAAGUUGGAGAAAAAGUACCAAUUGAAAUAUCAACCAAUGUUCGAGAAGCGCAAAGAUAUUAUUUCGGGCACCGUUGAUCCUUCUGAGGAAAGUCCCAAGUGGAAGGAACCCGAGAGUCCGUCAAUUGAUGGUGAAGUCGGUGAUCACAUCCGCGAGUCAUUAAAGAAUACUAAGAGUAUGCCUGAGGAUGCCAAAGGCAUCCCAGGCUUCUGGCUAACAGUCUUCAGAAAUACAGCCAUGUUGUCCGAAAUGGUUCAGACUCACGAUGAGCCGGCUAUGCGUAAGCUAACCGACAUUGUAAUCAAAUACGAUAGCGAACAUUCGUACUUUUUGGAAUUUCAUUUUGAUAAAAAUGAAUACUUUUCGAACACUGUGCUGACAAAGCAAUACUUCCUGAAAUCCACCGUCGAUCCAGACGAUCCAUUCGCAUUCGAAGGCCCUGAGAUUUAUAAAUGCAAGGGUUGCGUUAUCAACUGGGAGAAGAAAAUGAACUUGACAGUUAAAACCAUUAGGAAGAAACAGAAGCAUAAGGAACGCGGCGCCGUGCGCACUAUUGUCAAACAGGUUCCUACAGAUUCCUUCUUCAAUUUCUUCAAUCCACCAGAAGUCCCAAGCGAUAAGGAAGAAAUCGACGAUGAUUCUCAGCAAAUAUUGGCUACUGAUUUUGAAAUCGGACACUUUUUGCGUGCUAGAAUUAUUCCGAAAGCUGUGCUUUAUUACACUGGUGACAUCGUUGAUGAUGAGGACGAUGAGGAUGAAGAGGAAUACGAAAAUGAAGAAGAGGAAUACGACGAAGAUGAGAAUGAGGGUGGUGGUGGCGGUGGAGGAGGUGGGCGUAACAAGACCUCUGGUGGAAACAAAAAACAGUCGCCAAACGACUGCCCUAAUCAGUAGGGUAUAAAAUAUCUUGAUGUAUCAGCAGCAAAACUUUGUAUAUAAGUAUACACACACACAUACAUAUAUUUAAAAUAUAUUUUGGUGAAUUAAAGUUUCAAAGAAUGUGAAUACCCUUGA